AGCAACUCUUUUCAGUUCAGUUUCAGACAUAGAGUGAGAGUUAUACGCUCUAUGUGCUACAGGGAAGUACAUUUUCUUGCUUGCAAAACUAAAACUGGCUUCAGAUCUCUGACAAUGUGAAAGUAAUUUGAAAGGAAAAGGCAACCAUAGGAAGAAAGUUGAAAACAAGAACUUUUCUUUUUGGCACAGAUUGUAACUGAAAUAUUUGACUUCUUUCCAUGGAACAGUACAACUUUUGGAUCUGAUACACAUUUCUUUUAAUUUUCCUCCAAUCACAGUAAUUUAUUUAGAGUUAAAUGAAGAGAUCAAAGUGUGAAGUAAAUGAACACUACUUAAAGGUCUGGAAGGAUAUUUUGCCAUCACUGAAGGAAUGGACUUUUUGAACCUUCACGGAAAAUGUACCUUUUCAUAUACGAAGUAGCAAAGGAAUACUUGUGACUGAAAUCUUAUAGAAAUUAGAUUUCAGUUUUACUUUUAACCUUAAAUAGACCAUGGAGAACUUAUCAUCUCUGCUCUGUUGUCAUUAUUCUCUGCUGAUUUUAUUUCAGUACAAAUAUCAGGUGUAUGGAAACUAUUCCCGGUUACCCAAACACCCAGGGUUCAAAGUCCUUGCAUCAGCUUCCCACUACUGGCCAUUGGAAGAUGUGGAUGGAAUUCAUGAAUUUCGGGAUACAAAUGGAGCUCUAAGAAUCCACAACUUCACUGUGCUUCCUUCCCAUAACUCUACCUUUGUAUAUACCAAUGACUCUGCCUACUCUAACUUCUCUGCAACUGUAGAUAUUGUAGAAGGAAUGGUGAACAAAGGAAUUUACGUCACUGAAAAGAAGGGAGUUACCUUUCUCUUCUUUGGAAGCUAUCAAAAUUCUUGCAUUAGUAAUCCAGAAGUUUGUGGACCUGAAGGAGUAACAUUUUCCUUCUUCUGGAAGACUCAAGACCAACAGGCUAAGUUUCUCCCUGCAUCUGGAGGACAAGUAAUUUCCAGUGGUUUCAAAAUUUGUUCAAAUGAAGCUGAAGGCUCAGUGGAAUUUUACACCCGUGGAAAUGCAAUGAUGAAGUGGAAAGCAAGCUUUAGUCCACCAGGUCCUUACUGGACUCACAUUCUUUUUACUUGGAAAUCAAGGGAAGGAUUGAAAGUCUACGUCAAUGGAACUCUAAACACAACUGAUCCUGAUGGGAAAGUUUUCUAUGAUUACGGAGACCCCAGUGCAAAUCUACUGACUGGAACAGAGGGGGAUCAGACCAAGCGCUAUGUGAAUGGGGCAUUUGAUGAAUUCAUUAUAUGGGAGAGGGCACUCACCCCCAAUGAAAUUGAGCAGUACUUCACAGCUGCUGUUGGUGUGCAAGUUCUGCUUUCUUCAACACUUCCAUGGUCUGUGAUGACAACCACUACAAAACCUGUGCUCUCUACAAAUGCCUAUCAUCCCAUCAUAACAAAUCUCACUGAGGAGAGAGGGAACUUCCGCUCCCCUGACACCAUGCUGGCCUACCUGGAGAACAUGUCCUUCAGCUUGCCCAACAAAUCCUUGUCAGAAAGUACUGCUCUGAGCCUAACAGAGGCAUUUUUAAAAGCCAUAGAAGACUUCAUGUUAUUGCCCAACUGGAGUGAUGUACCAGAGACCUCUUACAUAUUUGGAAGUCUAAUUCAAACUAUUGACAGUGUGAUGGCUCAUACGACAUGCAAUCUGGAUGAAAACUCCUUACCUUCAACUCUUGAGGGCACGUCAUCUGUGGCAGAUUACACCUUGAUCAAGAUGCAUCCUCAGGUGCUGAAUUUGUCCCACUAUCGAUUUCCAUCUCGAGGACAGAGUUAUAUUUCCAUUCCCAGUGAAGCUUUUCAUGAAAAAGCUUGGAUUACCAUUGUUGGCCUGCUUUACCAUAAUAUGCAUCGUUUUUUUCAUAAUAUCAACCCUAUGGAUACCAAGAUUGCUGAAGCUACUGCCUACAAAGGUUAUAUGAUCUCAGCAGCGAGUUACCUUAUCUCUGUCAAAGUGGAACCUCUACCCAAGCUGUCCCACAGUCUGUCAGGAUCUCCUCUUAUUACCAUCCAGCUCACCCACAAAUUGACUCCCCGACAAUACAGCCAAGCACUAAAUAAGAGUAACAGGGUUCAUCUUUACUGUGCAUUUCUGGACUAUAGCAAUGGAACUGGUGUUUGGUCAAAUGAAGGUUGUGUACGUGAAAGUGGGGACCUCAACUACUCAGUGUGUCUUUGUAACCACCUCACUAACUUUGCCAUUCUGAUGCAAGUGGUGCCUCUGAAGCUAACGAGAGAACACCAGGUGGCCCUCUCCUCCAUCACUUACGUUGGCUGUGCUCUGUCCAUCUUCUGCUUGACGAUCACGCUGGUCACAUUUGCUAUAUUGUCGUCUGUCAGCACCAUCCGCAACCAGCGCUAUCAUAUCCAUGCUAACCUCUCCUUUGCUGUCUUGGUGGCUCAAAUCCUGCUUCUCACCAGCUUUCAGUUCAGCCCUGGAACAGUGCCUUGCAAGAUCUUGGCCAUUCUCCUUCAUUUUUUCUUCCUGAGUGCUUUUGCAUGGAUGCUGGUGGAAGGAUUUCAUCUUUACAGUAUGGUGAUCAAAGUAUUCGGGUCAGAAGAGAGCAAGCAUUUAUAUUAUUAUGGAAUUGGAUGGGGCUGCCCACUGGUGAUUUGUGUAAUUUCUACAUCAGCGUCCCUAGACAGCUAUGGAGAAAGUGGCAACUGCUGGCUUUCACUAGAGAAUGGAGCAAUCUGGGCUUUUGUGGCACCAGCGUUGUUCGUAAUCCUGGUCAAUAUUGGUAUUCUCAUUGCUGUCACAAGAGUUAUUUCAAGAAUCAGUGCAGACAACUACAAGGUCCAUGGAGAUGCCAAUGCCUUCAAGCUAACAGCUAAAGCCGUCGCUGUUCUCUUACCGAUCUUGGGAAGCUCGUGGAUCUUUGGGGUUUUGGCUGUCAAUGCCCAUGCAUUAAUAUUUCAGUAUAUAUUUGCUGUUUUCAAUUCACUACAAGGAUUUUUCAUGUUCCUGUUUCACUGUCUUCUGAAUUCAGAGGUUAGAGCUGCCUUUAAACACAAAACCAAGGUCUGGUCCCUUACGAGUAGUUCAACACGCAACAUCAAUGUGAAACCCUUCAACUCGGACAUUAUGACUGGGAACAGGCCAGGCAUGACCCCCACAAAACUGAACACCUGGGAUAAAAGCACCAAUUCAGGCAACCGCAUUGAUCUAUCAGCAGUCUGACAGUAAUACCAGCUUCUAAGUGAAAAUCAAGCCACACAUUCAGGACCUCUGUCACGGCAUCCACAUGUUUUUCCUCACUGUUGAUACCAGUAGAAAACUGCUUUUUUAAUCACUGCCUAACAAAUUGGAAAUUGCCAUAUUGUUUUGUUGAGUAAAUAGCCCUCAUCUGCUUGCCUUCAAAACUGUAACGCCUUCUACCACUUGGCUAUUAGCAACAGAUGUAAUAAUAGCUAGCACAGAAAUACACUGGAUGGUUUUGACAGCAACAAUGAAAACACUAGGUAUGCAAAAGGACUUACUGCUAUCUGCAUCAUUCCAGCUCCCAGAACGGAGGAAAGGCAACAUACCUCUGGAAAGAUGAAUUUUUAUGCUUUAAAAUGAAAUGCUUCUCAUUGUGAUGUUGUAAUGGGGCUAUUCUGGUCUUGCUGUGCCCUCUCUGUUUACAUUUAUUUCCUUACAGAAUCCAAUUAUCUAAGUGGAAGCUUAUUCAAAAUACAUAGUGUGGUGAUUAACUUAAAUACUACAAGGAAUCCGGGACAUGAGCAAGAAGCGUGUUCUACCUACCCAGCUCCCAGUGUGGGCAUGGAAUUAGCUAAACUAAUAUACACAUAUUAUGUCUCUAUGCAGAUGAACAGCACCUGUAACAUGUAAAUCUCCUAUAUGUGGCCUACUGGUAUUUUAGAUAUUCCUGUUUACAUCCUACUUACAAAAGGCAGAAGUGGCUAAGGGUAUACUAGAGCAGUCCACUGCAUUUCUAUCACUGAUUUGUAUCUGCUCACAUAUCACAGUGCAAACUAUUUGUAUUGCUUUGCCUGAAGCUUCUGGAUGCAAUCAAUAGCUGUCCAUUAAGUGCAUUUCACAAAUGCGCUGUAGCUUUUGGAAUCAAACUCUGGCACUGUGAUUUAGCUUUCCUCUGGUUCCUGGUCAAAUCGAGACACUGAAUUCCAACCAUAAAAAUGUAACACAAUGAUAUACUGUGAAGACAGCCAGACUACAAGUCUGAGUAUUGUUACCUACAGACAUCUUUUAAAUAGGUCUCUGCAGAGUCUUUUGUGUUUUUAAACUCUGCUCAGCACUUAAUAGCUUCUGCUUUAAAACUGCUAUGAAGGAUCUUUAAGGUGAAAAAAAAAACACUGUAAUUUUGCUUUUGACCAGUGUUUUGUAGGUUCUCAGAGGUGGUGUUUGGAGCACCAAUGAUGCACCUUUCCAGAUGGAGAUAUAGCAGGAUGUAAGCUGGUCAGAACCCCUAAAUAUGUGUCUUGCUCUGGGAUUUACUCGGCAGCCAGGGGCUCCAGAACAAUUUCCAAAGAUGCGUCUCCCUACACAGAGUGGCUUUGCAGGCACAUCUCCUUAGCCCCAGCUCGUCCCCCUGUUUGCAGUAGCUGUCUCCCUAACAGACUGAUUUGCUGGAAUCACUCCUUUUCUAAUACACUGGGCUAUCAAAAUAGUGCAAGGAAAGGAAAUAGCAAAAAAAGAGGUUGAAGAUUUGCCUAAGAGGUUUUGUGUUGAUCUUUUUUUCUUAAUUAAUUGUUUGUGUCUUCAGCAGCUCAGACCAUUUCUGGUCCCAGUGAAUCUAGCAAGACAUCUGCUAUUGAUUUCCAAGAGGAAAGAUAUUUGCACACUAAUGUGCAGGGUGGAAAUUGUUUAUUGGAUAGUAAGUUUGUGAAGAAGAAAAUAAAAGUAAAUUGAUCUGUAAGGAACAGGAAACAUUUAUCAAUUACAACUCAAUUUAGGGACGUGUUUCAUCCAGGAGACAUGGAGCUGAAAGUUAGAAAACAUCAAUGCAUUUCAUUUCUGAUCAGACCAAGUUUUCUUCAUGUUUCCUUCCUACACUAAAAAAACAGAAAGAUCUGUUUCAGUUUGGACCAAUCUUUUCUGCUUUCUCCUCUUUGGGCCAAGACAUGUUGGUACGGUCACCAAACUGAAACCUCACAGUCAACCCGAAUCUGUCUGUGGCUACAGCUUUAGGCAUUCCACAGAAAUUACCUUAGUUUCACCUGAUAUAUGCUGAAUUUAUGCAGCUGCAGCAGAAUGUGACGUACUGUAUAUCACACAUACACAUGCAUGAAACACAUAAGCUGGUUGUUUUUCCCACUGCUCAAUAACUCAACCUGUUGACAACUCUAAAAGGCAGGUCAGUAAAAGCUGAGUAUGUAAAUGGCUAUAUCUUUACUUUGGCUUUUAUGCAUGGAUUUUUCCUUGCCUCUUCUGCAUUGGAUGUCCCACAGCUGUGUAAAUAUAGGGGCUGUUCUUGGUCUGAGAAUGAUUAUUUUUUUUCCCAAAAAAAGACAAAGAAAAAGGAGCUCUCAGAAUGUAUGGAGGAGACUGCAACAGAACAGUACUGUGAUAACAGAGUUCAGUGUUUGUAUCAUGUGCAGAUGUUCAGACAACGUAUUUAAGCAUAUUUUUUUAUAUUGGAACAUGUGGGGGUUUUGUGUGUUUUAUUUUGGGGUUUGGGUUUUGCUUUGUUUUUUUUUACACUGUGACCAUGGAUACAGAUUUAAACCCUCUUUGAUCAUUUUUGAUCUUUGUAUUAUAGCACAAACAGGUCUGUGAAUGAACCAGGACAUAAAAGCUUUCUUUAAACAAAUCCUUAAUUUUAAACAAUAUUCUCCUCUACACAGUUUUCACUGCCUGCAUUUCCUCCCUCCUGUGCUCAUACAUGUAUGGGUCCCCUGCGUCACUACCCAAGGUCCACUUGAAAAAAACUCCACAACAAAUGACAAUUACAACACACAAAUGACAGCACUCUAAAGGCUGAAUCUGGUUUUCAUCCAGGUAUAGCAGACUUAAAAACUGUUCACCAAAAAAGAAGAGCAUGAAAAUGUUUUUGGCUUUCUACCUGUGAACGUGACUUAGGUGUAUUAAAUACCGAGGGAGCAUUUGUUAUCCUGUAUCUACCGAGAUCCCCUGUGGAUAACCUGCAUCCUGUGCUUUAACUUUUGAACAAUGUGAUGAAGCUGUUUUAUCUUGUUUAUAGCACGGGAUGUUAAGGAGGUGGAACAUUGCAUUUGGAAUCCUGGGCUGGGGAUGGUGUUUCUUCUGGUUUUGAUAAACAAGUAAAAAAAGUCCAAAAGCACAAAUGUGUUUUGUUGCCAUCUAAGUCCAUUCCUUUUGUUUGAUUCAAUGUAUUUUUGUUGUUACUGAAUGCAGCAAAUGUACUGAAUAAGAAAUGCUCAAAUGAAUCUUUAAACAAUCUCUUCCUGCCCUCAGCCUUUUGAAGCCUGAAAAUCUUGCAGGUUAUUUAUAGCUUGUAUAUAGCAGCUAUCACAGUAUUUUUCUUUCAGGACCACAUCAUUUUGUCGAUGGUAUGAAAUCUUAAUUGAAUGAGAUGUGAGUUUUAAAACAUGUAAUGUAGCAAGAAUGACUUUGCCAGUAAGUAGUAAAAUAAUUUAGUUUCAUUGGU